GGAGAUCGCCAAGCCCCUAGUCCCUAUUGGCAAGGCCACAACUCUAUUAGUGGAAAUCCUGGGCCUACUUUGCAAAGGAAUGAGCCACAAGAAGGCCGGAACAUUAUGGAGAGAAGGUGGAUUGAGUUGGAAAGAGUUCCUGCCGGAGAACCAGGAUAUCAAUAAGUUCAUCACAGAGCAGAAAGUCGAAUAUACCAUGGGCGAUAGUUCGGAAGCCCCUAGUCGGAAGGAGCUCACCUCUGAAGAACUCUGCAAACAACUAGAUAAGCUAUUAAAAGAAAAUGACAAUAACCAAAGAAUAUAUGAUUGGAUUGAGGUAAACCUGAGUGAACAACAGGUCUCCUCCAUUAUGUUUAUCAGGGCCCUGAUGAUGUCAGUGUGCCAUUCCGCCGUAGUCUUCGAGAAUCCUUACCGGAUGGAAAAUCUUGUGAUUAAGAGCCGAGCCAAGCUGCUGCAGAAAUACUUGAGUGAUGAAGAUAAGGAGCUCCAGGCCCUUUAUGCUUUACAAGCCCUAGUGGUGAAGCUGGACCAGCCAGCAA